GGCCCCAUUGGCUGCGGGCGGGCGCGCUGGGCUCCACUGGCUGCCAGGCUGGCACCGCCGUCCCGAGCCGGGGCGGCCGGAGGUAAACAGCUAUGUGUGAGCCUCUGCUCUAUAUUUAACAGCCGCGGCGGCGGCCAGGGCCGCAGCAGAGGGGCAGCUCCGCGGCUGGUCCGGGAGGAGGCCCCAACUGCCGCUGGCACCGGCCGGCCCGAGCGCCGCCAUGCCGGCCUCCCAGAGCCGGGCCCGGGCCCGGGACCGCAACAACGUCCUCAACCGAGCAGAGUUCCUGUCCCUGAGCCAGCCCCCCAAGGGGGCCCCGGAGGCCCGCGGCAGCUCCGGCAGGAAGGCGCCCGGCCCCUCGGGGCCGCCCCCAGGCCCUGGCGACGGCCCCCGGGAGCGCGAGCGGAGACAGUCCCAGCAGCUGCCCGAAGAGGACUGCAUGCAGCUGAACCCCUCCUUCAAGGGGAUCGCCUUCAGCUCCCUGCUGGCCAUCGACAUCUGCAUGUCCAAGCGGCUGGGGGUUUGCGCCGGGCGGGCCGCGUCCUGGGCCAGCGCCCGCUCCAUGGUCAAGCUCAUCGGCAUCACCGGCCACGGCAUCCCCUGGGUCGGGGGCACCAUCCUGUGCCUGGUGAAGAGCAGCACGCUGGCCGGCCAGGAGGUGCUCAUGAACCUGCUUCUGGCCCUGCUCCUGGACAUCAUGACCGUGGCCGGCGUGCAGAAACUCAUCAAGCGGCGAGGCCCGUUCGAGACGAGCCCCAGCGUCCUGGACUACCUCACCAUGGACAUCUACGCCUUCCCCGCCGGGCACGCCAGCCGCGCGGCCAUGGUGUCCAAGUUCUUCCUCAGCCACCUGGUGCUGGCGGUGCCCUUGCGGGUCCUGCUGGUGCUCUGGGCCUUCUGCGUGGGCCUGUCGCGAGUGAUGAUCGGGCGGCACCACAUCACUGACGUCCUCUCCGGCUUCGUCAUCGGCUACUUCCAGUUCCGCCUGGUGGAGCUGGUCUGGAUGUCCUCCAACACCUGCCAGAUGCUCAUCUCCGCCUGGUGAGCUGGCCGGCCCACGGCGCCGGGCCAGGGUGGCCCGAGAGUGCCCGGGGAGCUGGGCCGGCGGCCCCGACUCAUCUCCCCACCUCGCUGGAGGCCGGGGACCUGUGUCAGCCUGCCUGGGGGUGCCGGGGCCCUGCCCCUGGGCCCAGACUCCGCGUGUCCCCUCUAGGCAGGCCGCCCAGCUGUGGGGACACCCCGCUUAGCGUGUGCUCUGGAGGAAACAGCAGGAAGCACGGUGGGGGCGGGGCGGGGCCGCCGUCCUCUGCCGUCGCGAGCCGAGCUCUUGGCUGUGCCCGUUACCCCACCGCCCGAUGCCCGGCACGAUGCUGCACCACCGCCCAGCACAGGUGCCGUCGCCGUUACGGUCACGGGGCGCGCCGGGCAGCUCUCCAGGGGCGCCGGCCGGACAGCAGCCCGCAGGCCUUCGGGAGGAAGGGCCCGGGACAGUUGCAGGCCUGAGGCGCCCGCCGCCAAGUGGGGCCGCCCUGGGCUCUGACGAGCACUCGGAGUGUCCCCACGUUUUCUGAGCUUGUCCGACCACAGAGCCCUUUCCACAGGGGUUCAGCUCUAGUGACCCCCAAGGAACCCCCGUUUUCUCAAGGGCGCUUCUGCAGCUACUAACCCGAGCCCAAGGCCAGAGGCGCAGGCUGGCCUCUCCCAGCACCCGGCUGGGGAGCCGGGGAGGGGGCCGGGCAUCGGGUGUCCAGCCAAGGCCGGGAGGCCCACGCAUGGCCCACGGGCCUCGGCGGUGCUUUGACCCCAGGGGCCGGACUCCGCGUGACCUCGUAGGUCGUUUCCAAGCCAGCUGCUCUGGAUACGCAUUUCAUGUGACAAUACAGGUGACGUCAA